UGGGCUUCUACACCGAGACUACGAGAGUUGCAUCAUUACACGUGAAGUAACGUGAAGCUGGGCGCACCGCGUUUCCUGCCGAUUUCUUGUUAGAAUUCCGAAGAAAAACCAAAAUGUUGACCGCCGCGAGAUUAUUGAACCGCAGCUGUACCGGCGUCGCUUGCGAUCUCGCUAGGAAACAGCAGUUCAGCACGAUUUUAAAAAAUGUUGCCGCUCCAACAGUCACUAUACCACAUCGUUUUACUGAUAUUCAACAAUAUCGAUAUAAAUCCGAAGGUGUAAAGGGUGCAGUUAUUGGUAUAGAUCUCGGUACUACUUUUUCUUGCGUAGCAGUGAUGGAGGGCAAGCAAGCUAAGGUUAUAGAAAAUGCUGAAGGUUCUAGGACUACGCCAUCUUAUGUUGCUUUUACAAAAGAUAAUGAACGUUUAGUUGGGAUGCCAGCAAAACGUCAGGCAGUCACAAAUUCUGUUAAUACAUUUUAUGCGACAAAACGAUUAAUUGGACGGAGAUUUGAAGAUCCUGAAGUGAAAAAGGAUAUGAAGAGUGUAACAUACAAAAUUGUAAAAGCAUCUAAUGGAGAUGCAUGGGUUCAAGGUGGUGAUGGAAAAAUGUAUUCUCCCAGUCAAAUUGGAGCAUUUGUACUUAUGAAAAUGAAGGAAACUGCUGCGGCUUAUUUAAACACUUCAGUAAAAAAUGCUGUUAUUACUGUGCCAGCAUAUUUUAAUGAUUCACAACGACAAGCGACAAAAGAUGCUGGUCAGAUUGCUGGAUUAAAUGUGCUUCGUGUAAUUAACGAACCAACCGCAGCUGCACUUGCUUACGGCAUGGAUAAGCAGGAAGAUAAAAUUAUUGCUGUUUAUGACUUAGGUGGAGGUACUUUUGAUAUCUCGAUUUUAGAAAUUCAGAAGGGUGUUUUUGAAGUAAAAUCCACAAAUGGAGAUACAUUUUUGGGAGGUGAAGAUUUUGACAAUGCAUUGGUUAAUUACCUUGUAUCUGAAUUCAAGAAAGAGCAAGGUAUAGAUGUAACCAAAGAUGCAAUGGCAAUGCAAAGAUUGAAGGAAGCUUCGGAAAAGGCUAAGAUAGAAUUAUCGAGUUCUCUUCAGACAGAUAUAAAUCUUCCCUACCUUACGAUGGAUUCUAGCGGACCAAAACACUUAAAUCUAAAAUUAUCCAGAAGUAAAUUUGAAAGUCUCGUAAGCGAUCUGAUUAAGCGUACUAUUCAACCAUGUCAGAAGGCACUUUCCGACGCCGAAGUAACAAAAUCUGAUAUUGGGGAAGUUUUAUUGGUUGGUGGUAUGACCAGAGUACCUAAAGUACAACAAACAGUUCAAGAAAUAUUUGGCAGACAACCAUCAAAGGCUGUAAAUCCUGAUGAAGCUGUAGCUGUUGGUGCUGCAGUUCAAGGAGGAGUACUUGCAGGAGAUGUGACGGAUGUUUUGCUUCUUGACGUUACACCUCUGUCAUUAGGUAUUGAAACACUUGGCGGUGUGUUUACGAGAUUAAUCUCUCGUAAUACAACUAUACCUACAAAAAAGAGUCAGGUAUUUUCAACGGCAGCGGAUGGUCAAACACAAGUAGAGAUUAAAGUUCAUCAAGGCGAACGAGAAAUGGCUAGUGAUAAUAAACUCUUAGGACAGUUCAGUCUUGUUGGUAUUCCACCUGCACCAAGAGGUGUACCGCAAAUAGAAGUAACGUUUGAUAUCGAUGCGAACGGUAUAGUGCAUGUGUCAGCCAGAGAUAAGGGAACUGGCAAAGAGCAACAAAUUGUUAUUCAAUCUAGUGGUGGCCUUAGUAAAGAUGAAAUUGAAAAUAUGGUUAAGAAUGCUGAACAAUAUGCACAAGCAGAUAAAGUUAAGAAGGAAAGAGUUGAAGCUGUUAAUCAAGCCGAAGGAAUUAUACAUGACACAGAAUCGAAGCUAGAGGAAUUCAAAGCGCAGUUACCACAAGAAGAGUGUGACAAACUUAAAGAAUUAGUUGCAAAACUACGAGAGAUUUUGGCUAAAAAAGAUGAUGUGGAUCCUGAAGAAAUAAAGAAACAAACGAACGAACUCCAACAAGCGAGUUUGAAACUAUUUGAAAUGGCGUACAAAAAGAUGGCAGCGGAAAGAGAAAGUCAAAAUCAGUCACAGCAAGAACCUGAAGGAGAGAAGAAGGAGGAGAAAAAUUAAUUUUAAGUAGCUAACGCGCAUAUUGUAAAGAAAAACAAAUUCACAUUCAUAUAUAUCUGUAUAAGCGUUUGUUGCUAUUCUGUAAGCUCAAAGAAACCAUUUAUUUUAGUUGAAGAAAUAAAUUUCGAUAUUCUGCGCGAUAAUAACAGAUUAGAAAUAAAGUAUUAUUCACGAGAGGCAGAGGAAGAAAAAACCAUUCUCUUUGUCAUAUCUAGUGAUUUUAAUGUAUAACAGUAAUUUUGUGGUAUUAUUUAAUUAUAAAUAUGUUUUCUACAAGUAGCGUUCUUGGAUCCCAAAUGUAUAAAAUUAUUUUUUGUGAGAUUUAGAAAAUAACAAUUACCAUAAGAGUUUAAUUAAAUCUGCUAAAAAGAAACUAUUUGUAGUAGUAAUGGUAAAUUUUUAAAUGGUUUGGUCAGUCAAUUUUUCACAUAAAGCAACAAAUUGUAUACAUAGUUGAGAUCACUUGUAUAAUGUAAUGCAAAAAAAUUGUUUCCAGCUAUAAAAUGUGUGCAGAAUGUCAAGAUAUCCAUCGUUAUAACAAUUAUUGUCAAAUGAUUUAUCAAGAAGUAAUAUGGAAAUAAUUUGUUAAACUUGCUACAGUAGAAUGCUUUACAGCACAGUCAGUGAAUAAGUAUGAGAUGAGAAUAUAGAAUUGAGAGAAUGAGAUGAGUGUGUUUUUGUGCAAAACAAGUUUACAUUGUAAACUAUACACAAUACAGAUUACCAUAGAGAAUAUUGUUAUAUUAUGAUAUAAUCACUUUUUUAAUUUAAACAACUAUGAGAGCAUUUUAAGCUCUUAUUUUAUUAUUUCGUUCUGUUGUUUAAUAAAUUUCUUGAAUUUUAA